GAAAAAGUGUACUAAUUAUUGCGCGCUUUCUAUUCUCUGAUCUUCCUAUUUGCCGAUUGUUACUAGCUUUGUUGACUUAUUACAUUUGCAUGCGUUUUUUAUUUUGCGUAUUGACUCUCUCUGGCGUAUUAACGUAAAAAUAUGUUAUCGCCUCUGUACCGUGAAUUAUAAGAAAUCACGAGUACUUGGAGGAACGAUCAAAGUGGUGUGAGUUAAAGAUGUUCAAUCAGAACAACGCAUUGAGAACGGGAACGACAAACACAUCGAAUCCAAUGCAGGACUUUGAGGUUGUCUCGCCGCCGGACGAUUCCAUCUCCAGUCUGGCAUUCAGUCCAGCGUCUAUUCAGCAGAAUUUUCUUGUUGCCGGUUCGUGGGACUGCAAUGUACGUUGUUGGGAAGUUGAGCAGUCUGGCAAAACGGUGCCCAAGUCGAUGCAGAGCAUGUCAGCGCCAGUCUUGAGUGUAUGCUGGAGCGAUGAUGGAACCAAGGUAUUUAUGGCUGGAUGUGACAAAACAGCAAAAUGUUGGGAUUUGGCCACAAAUCAGAGCGUUCAAGUAGCUGCACAUGACGCACCCAUUAAAACGUGUCACUGGUUAAAGGCAUCUUCAUAUUCCUGUUUAAUGACAGGUUCCUGGGAUAAAACGUUAAGGUUUUGGGAUUUACGUAGUCCUAAACCUGCGAUGACCAUCAAUCUACCUGAAAGAUGUUAUUGCGCGGAUGUGGAUUACCCGAUGGCGGUUGUAGGAACAGCCGCACGUGGAUUAAUAGUCUACCAACUGGAAGGAAGCCCGCGCGAGUACAAAUCCGUCGAACUGAGUUUGAAGUAUCAGUAUCGUUGCGUGGCGAUUUUCAGGGACAAGAAGAAGGUGCCGACCGGUUUUGCGAUCGGGAGCACCGAAGGUCGCGUUGCGAUACAUCACUUGAACCUCAGCUCGAAGGAGAAUUUCACGUUCAAGUGCCACAGAACAAACGGCACGCCUAAUGGUUAUCAAGAUAUCUACGCGGUAAACGACAUAGCAUUCCACCCAGUGCAUGGCACGGUAGCGACUGUAGGUGGCGAUGGUACUUUCGGCUUCUGGGACAAGGACGCACGUACUAAACUCAAGUCGUCCGAGACGAUGGAGCAGCCCAUCACGCGCUGUUGUUUUAAUCACAACGGACAGAUAUUUGCAUACGCCGUCUCUUACGACUGGUCUAAGGGUCAUGAAUAUUAUAAUCCGGCGAAGAAGAACCAGAUCUUCCUGAGACCAUGCUACGACGAACUGAAACCGAAGGCUUCGCCGUGAAGUUGAUAAUAUCUAACCGUAAUUUUUAGAGAUUGCCGUUUGUUCUAGUGAUACCUGAACGUGUACUUUAUAAAACGAUGUGCGAAUACUGACGUAAUCGCGAGAACAUAAAUCUUUCCACUCGAUAUUCUUUCUCCUUUAACAUAAAAUGUAUAAUAUAGGACAUGUGCAGUCAAUUUGAUCUGCAAACGGUGCGAAACUUUGUAUGAACAGACUCUAAUCUAUAAAAGUGAUUAUUAAGAAUGUUUCAAUAAAUAUAUCCUUGGUAU